AUGAAGAACCUAAUAAAGGCACGAGCCACCGUGAUUUCAAGUCAGUCUUUCGCCAACAAUCCUAGAGUGCUAUUUACGUAUGCUAUAGUAGUUGAAUCAAAGUGGAGAUGUAAGUUUGAAUUAGUAAUAAAAUUUCACAUAGCCCAUUUGUACGAGGUCCAAGGGAAAUAUCGUCUUGCUAAGGAGCAUUACGAGGCAUUGCUUAAGGAGAAAACUUUGCCUUCCCACCUGAAGGCCGACAUUUGUCGUCAAUUAGGAUGGAUGUAUCACGUGGUUGAUUGUACAGUGCUUGGUAUAACGAGACAGCAGAAGCAAGCAAUCGCCAUCCACUGUCUGCAAAAGUCUAUCGAGGCGGAACCGAAGAGCGGGCAAAGCCUCUACCUGCUGGGACGUUGCCUCGCCGCCUCUGGAAAAGUUCAUGAUGCAUUUAUUGCUUACAGAAAUUCCGUGGAAAAGUCUGAAGGGAACGCUGACACGUGGUGCAGCAUAGGCGUCCUAUAUCAACAGCAGAAUCAACCUAUGGACGCAUUACAAGCCUACAUAUGUGCUGUACAGUUAGAUAAAUCACAUUCGGCUGCUUGGACUAAUCUAGGCAUUUUGUACGAAAGCGUUAGUCAGCCAAAGGACGCUUUAGCUUGUUACGUCAACGCAUCCAGGGGUAAUAAUAACACGCCAAAUUGUACGGGCUCACUGGCGGGCCUGGGUGGCGCUAAGUCAGGCGGUAACACCCCGAUGAACCCAUCGCUUCAACAGCGGAUCAACUUUCUGCAAAGUCACCUAAGCCAAGCACCAAUGCCUUCCGUCGCCACCAAGAGGCGGCAACUGCCGUCUAUAGAAGAGGCUUGGAACUUACCUAUUAGCGCUGAGAUGUCCAGCAGGCAGCAACAACAGCAACAACCACCCGCUGGUCCAGGUUAUAAGUAUGGCACGACACCUUCUGGACCACCACCUCCCUAUCCUCAAGGACAGGGACAGGGGCAAAAUCUUAAUACAAAAAGAUUUAAGCCAGGAGAAGAACCAAUCUCUCCAGGCGGUCAGCAAAGACCGGCACCGUUUUAUCUUACAUCUCAACAACUGCAAAUGCUACAGUUUCUUCAACAAAAUCAUGGAAGUUUGACAGCGCAGCAGCAAGGUCUACUUGUUCAAUUACAACAACAAUACAGGUGUAUGCAACAACACCAACAACAGAUUAGAUUACAACAACAGCAAGCUGCUCAGAGAGGACUGCGACCGGGACAACCGGGUUAUCCUACAGGCUACAAUCAUACACAAUUAGGACAACCUGGUGUGAUCAAAAAUUAUGGAAUACCUCAGCAACCGCUGCAGCAAGGUGGAACUGUCGCAUUGCAAACAGGAUUCUCAGAUUCGAAUGUCGGUUACAACACAGUAGCGACUGGUAACAGCCAGACGCCGGGUAUGCCUUAUAAGUCUGCCUCUGAUCCAAAUUAUCCUCAGAGACAAUUGACAUCCAGCCAAUACAACCAAUACCAGCCUACUAAUCAGUACACUGCCCAAGGUUAUACUCAAAUAUCGUCCACGACGAGCAAUUACCCAGAAGGUUCCGCGGGAAAUAAAGACUUGGGUGUAACGGAUCAAGAACUACAAGCUCUGUUGUCCCAGAAAGAUAUCGCAACGUCAUUAGCGGAGGAUCUCUUAAAGCAUUUCGGCUCGGAAGAUUUAGACGUGAAGGAAGAGGCACCGAGUAUUAUGAAUAAUGGCACUUUAAGCUCGGGCCCGUUUUCUCCGUCGAAUCUUGAAGAGAGUACAGAAAAAAGCAAAGAGGUGAAACUAGAGAAGGUGGACGACACCCAGCCGUCGUCCACGUCGAAACUCGAGACAUACGAAAAGAGCAAUACGAAGGCACCAGCUCCGGCUGUCGAGACGGUGAAGUGCGAGGCGACGUCAAGUACAAAUAAAAUUGAAUCGGUCGCGCGGAUCGAACCAGUUCUCAAGUUAGAAAGUUUGUGCGAAUCGCAACCGGAACAGGAGCUUAGCAUAGAUAUGGAUUCGAAGGCCAUUAUAGAGGCGUGCAAAGGUCAGGGAUUGAACGGUGUACCGAACUGCUCUAUAUUAAGUGAUCGUUCACCUCCACCGGCGCCGCCUGAUCCUCCAAGUCAGAGGCUAACUAAGGAGCAACUUCUACCUCCGACACCUAGUGUUUAUUUAGAGAAUAAGAAGGAUGCAUUCAGUCCACAACUUCAAGAGUUCUGUCUAAAACACCCGAUAGCUGUGAUUCGUGGCUUGGCAGCCGCUUUGAAGCUGGAUCUCGGCCUCUUUUCGACUAAGACUUUAGUGGAGGCGAAUCCAGAUCACGGUAUCGAAGUGAGAACGCAGAUGCAGCAAACCAGCGAUGAGAAUUGGGAUCCUGUGUUGGGGAGAAAGGUUUGGGGUUGUAUCAGCCAUAGAAGUCACACGACAAUCGCGAAAUACGCGCAAUACCAGGCCUCGAGUUUUCAAGAAAGUUUGAAGGAGGAAAGGGAGAAGGCUCAAGGUAUACAUACCUCGAAUCUGUCCGACUCGGACUCGAAAGAUAGUACUGGUGCUGUCAGGAGGAAGAAAAAUGCUUUUGGAUUGGCGGGUCGACCAGGUUCGAAAAUGUUACGAUUUGGGACCAAUGUAGAUUUAUCAGACGAGAGAAAGUGGAAACCGCAGCUCCAAGAACUAAUGAAAUUACCGGCGUUCGCUAGAGUCGUCUCAGCUGGAAAUAUGCUCAGUCAUGUAGGACACGUUAUUUUAGGCAUGAAUACUGUUCAAUUGUACAUGAAGGUGCCUGGUAGUAGAACACCUGGUCAUCAGGAAAACAAUAAUUUUUGUUCUAUUAACAUCAAUAUUGGGCCAGGAGAUUGCGAGUGGUUUGCAGUGCCUGAUGCAUAUUGGGGUGUGAUUUGCUCCCUUUGUGAACGAAACAAUAUCAAUUAUCUUCAUGGUAGUUGGUGGCCUUCUUUAGAAGACCUUUAUGAGGAGAACAUUCCGGUAUAUAGGUUUUUGCAAAGACCAGGCGAUCUUGUAUGGGUUAAUGCGGGUUGUGUGCACUGGGUUCAAGCUGUUGGAUGGUGUAACAACAUCGCAUGGAACGUUGGUCCUUUGACUGCUCGGCAAUAUCAACUGGCAAUUGAACGAUAUGAAUGGAAUAAACUGCAAUCAUUUAAAUCUAUCGUACCAAUGGUACAUUUAUCUUGGAAUUUAGCAAGAAAUAUCAAAGUGUCGGAUCCCAGAUUGUUCGAAUUAAUUAAAAAUUGCUUAUUAAGGACAAUGAGACAUUGUUGCUUAAUAUUAGAGUUUGUGAAAAGUAAAGGUGUAGAAGUUCGGUUUCAUGGACGAGGAAAAAACGAAGCAUCGCAUUACUGCGGCCAAUGCGAGAUUGAGGUGUUUAACAUCUUGUUUAUAAGAGAACAAGAAAAACGACAUGUUGUUCACUGCAUGGAUUGUGCACGAAAACAGUCCCCAUCUCUGGAAGGUUUCGUUUGUUUAGAAGAGUACAGAAUGCGCGAUUUAAUGGACGUUUAUGACGGAUUUACUUUACAUUCUUCUCUGACAACUCCCUCAUCAGCUCAGUGUAGCCAAUCCUCCUGAGAAUACAUGCAACACAGAUAUCUGGAUUUCUUAGGCACUUUACAGUGACUUAAGAAGUACAAUAUCUGUGUUUAAGAAGAACUAUUACAAUAAGCAUUAUUCAAGUACCUAAGAGCUGUCAUAAAAAAAGAAAAAUGUAAAAGUUCAAAAAUUUCUAUAUGUUCACAAAAGUCAAACAUCCCAAUGUUCCCAUGUUAAUUUUGAUGUACGCACAAUAUAUGUAAAUUUGGAAAUUUAAAAUUUAUUAACGGAAAUAAUUAAAAAUUAUUUAGUAUUAUUUAUAUAACGCUACAAACUGAAAAGUGUAAUAUUCGAAGGAUUUUAUAUUAAAUUGAUGUAAAAAUAUUGUUUCAGCUCUCGGGUAUAGAAAAUCGAAAUUAAGUAAACGAAAAAAGACUGCGUUUUACUUAUAAAUUACUCGAUCAUCAUUUGUAAUCCUUUGAUGACGUCGCCGUGAUAUUGUUGCAAAACUUUUGUAAUAAGACAUGUUCCGAACAUAGUUAUUAUAAACUCAACCGCGUUUCUUAUUGACUUUAUAUCGCGGCAAGUGUCUGCAAAGCAUUUAAUAUUUAUUUUCAUUAGGAACGACAGAAAUUUAUUAUAUUUUGUUCAUAAAUUUCACGCAUUUUAAAAAUUUUUUACGAAUAACAAAUCGAUAAAAGAAAAAAAAAAAACAAAAA